AUGGAAACUACACUGCGACAACAAAAGCCAACGACACUUCGCCUGGAAUGUGACAUUUCCCGUCGAGCGCCUCCCGCCAUCCUACACGAAGGAUUUGACGAUCACCUUCACUCAUUUCCCUCAAGAACCACAGUGAUUGAUGUUUCUCACUUUUCUGGAACUGCAACUUACGAGACAACCUUCAAAACGACUUCAAAACUCGCUAAAGGUUCUGUGAAGGAUAACGUUUCAGAUAAAUAUCUUCUUACCCUUGGAUGUGUCGAGAACAUUGCCUCGGUCACACUCAACGGAAAGGAUCUCGUUCUCUCGUGGCUACCGCCAUAUGAACUGGACAUAACCAAUGCGAUAAACCUUGAUGCUAAGAACACGCUUCAAAUCGCGGUGACAAACACCUGGCCCAACUGGCUGAUCGGCGACGAGUCACUGCCUACCGAAGCAACCUAUAACAGUACAACACAGGAUUUCAGCGUCGAAUCUUGGCCAGAUUGGUAUGCAGAUGCGAUGAAUAGUACAUCCACCUCAUCUCGAGACACCUGGGGAAAUGCGGUCGGAGGAUCAAGCAAGUUGGAUAGAAAGCCCGGGAAUUGCGUGGCCUUUGCUGCCUGGAAGCAUUAUAACUCUACCGACCCGCUGUUUGAGAGUGGAUUACUGGGCCCAGUGGUGAUCCCAAAAGCCGCUCUGGUUGAUGUAUCAUAG